AUGAUUGGUUAUCCUGAAGGACCCAGAAGGAUUCUGGCAUUUCGUCGCCUACUUCAUCGACAUACCAUUGCUUCAAACUGGAGAGAAUUAAGAUUGCAGCUACCAACUGAUCCUGAUUUUAUUGAGACUCUUUGGCGUCGGAUUCAGAUAGAUGAUUUGAAGAAACGCUUUGGAAUUUCAGAAGACCCCCUCUUAGUUCAAGAUACUCCAAGACUCUCAAUCCUAGGCUGGAAUCCUGGCAAAAGAUUUCUUUCAGAACGACACGAUAUUCGAUCCACCUUGGAAGCUGUUUUUGGUGAACACGAGGGGAAGAAACGCCGGAUUCUAAACUCAUAUCUUUUGCAACAAUCUUAUCCCGUUGAAUGGUGGACUACUGCUCUUACUAAGGAAAGUGGACUGUUUGGACUGGAUAUUUUACAAUUUUGA